UGCUUUGGUCACGUGAUGGGGAAGAUGGCGACCCCCAGGGCGGGUUCGGGGCCUGGCCAAUCAGGAAGUGGGAGCUGCUGGCGGCUGCGCAGAGGGGUUUGGAGCGGGGUCUGGCGAGGAGGGAGAAGCCGGCUCCUGCUAGAGAGCCUGGGGACAUCUGGGUGCACAAGGAUGCAGUCGAGCCAGGCCACAGUGCUGCUCACGCUCUGCCUGUGGGCACUUUGCCAUCCAGCGCUGGGCACUGAAGGCAAGAGAAAGCUGCAGAUUGGUGUCAAGAAGCGGGUGGAGAACUGUCCCAUCAAAUCCCGCAAGGGAGAUGUGCUGCACAUGCAUUACACCGGCAAGCUAGAAGAUGGGACCGAGUUUGACAGCAGCAUCCCACGUGACCAGCCCUUCAUCUUCUCGCUAGGGACGGGCCAAGUCAUCAAAGGCUGGGACCAAGGCCUGCUUGGGAUGUGUGAGGGUGAGAAGAGGAAACUGGUGAUUCCCUCUGAGCUGGGCUACGGGGACCGAGGGGCUCCACCCAAGAUUCCAGGUAGCGCAACACUGAUCUUCGAGGUGGAGCUGCUGAAGAUUGAGCGACGACCGGAGUUGUAGGCAGGCUGUGGGUGGGUGUGGGGAGGUCUGGGGGGCCUUGGCUUGGUGGGAAAAGGGUGGUGUGUGCACAUGGUCACGGGGGGGGCAGAGGGGUGUUUAAAAAAAAUCCUGGAAGAUCAACAAUAAAAGACAGACUGGA